AUGUCCGAAGAAGAAAGGCAUAAAGAAGAUAAUCGUAUUUUCACGAUUAGAUCCGGAGGACAGACCGGUGUCGACAGAGCAGCCCUGGAUGCUGCUCUGCUCUAUAAAGAUUACAUACGAGUCACCGGUUGGUGUCCAAAAGGAAGACUUUCUGAAGAGGGUGAAAUUCCACCACACUAUCCUCUCGAAGAAACUCCGUCGGACUCGUAUCCUGAAAGAACAGAGUGGAACAUCCGAGAUUCGGAUGCUACGUUAAUUCUACUUCUACAAAAAGCCCCACCUGAUCGCGGAACGAGCUUUACUAUUGAAAAAGCAGAAAAACUUUCCAAACAUUGCAAAACUAUACUACUUGAUGAUAAGCCGACGAACGUUAUUCACGUUUUAAAAUGGUUAGAUGAGAAAAACGUUAAAAUUCUUAAUGUCGGUGGACCCCGGGAGAGUAACUGUCCGGGGAUUUACGAAAAAGCUUAUAAAUUUAUGGUAUCCCUUAUUCAAAAGAAAUUAGAAGACAUUCCUACGUACUGA